CUCAAAACUUGAGAGAUAGCAUGUAGAAAAGCCAUACCAGAAUAAAGAGAACAAACCAGCAAAUUGACAAUGGAGAGAAAUUUCUUUGUGUUUGUCCUUUUAGUUCUAAUUUCUUGUUGCAUUAGCUUGGCAAGUGGCCAGGAUGAUGAUAUUGCUGCAGAUCCAUUUUCAGACCCUGAAAUUUGGAAGUCGUCUAUUCUAGCAGAUUGUAAGCAAGCCCUUUUAGAUUUACAAGGUUGCGCUGAUGAAAUCCAUGAUGCACUCAUCAAGCACAAAGAUGUGAGGGAUGUUUGUUGUGUUGCGAUCACAGAGUAUGAUCAAUCAUGCUCGCAUCAAAGUGUUCGUCAUUUGGUUUUUCCUCGCUGGUUGAGGAAUCGUUGUGCUAAAAUCCAUACACCACCCAAACCAACUCCGAAAAUUCCACCACUACCACCUACACCAAUUAAGCCUAAUCCUACCCCUCAUACACCAUCACCACCACCACCACCACCAUUACCACCUAUCGAGCCUCCCGUAUUACCUACUCCGGUCAGAAGGCCUAGUCCUCCUGCGCCUAAUCCCACACCCCAUGAGAUGUCAAGUCCUUCGCCUCUCGCGCCAACACCGGUUAAACCACCCAAACCAAGUCCUCGAUCGAUCACACCAAUUAAGCCUCCCACACUAAGUCCUACACCUGAUUCACCCACACCUGCUAAUCCUCACAAACAAAGUCCAACACCAAAUCCACUUACACCAAUCACACCAAAUAAGCCUCCGUCGCCAAGUCCUACACCUGAUUCGUUUACACAUGUCAAUCCUCUUGAACCAAGUCUGACGCCAAAUCCACAAACACCAAUCAUGUCUCCAAAACAAAGUCCAACACCUCACUCGUCAACACCUAUCAAGCCUCCGAAGCUAAGUCCCAUUGAUUCAGAAGCUCCAAUUACAUCAAGUCCCACGCCACAUUUGUUGACACCCUUAAAACCUCCUAAAUCAAGUCCUAAACCUGAUUCGCCAAUAUCAACACCAGUUGAUCCUCCUAAGCCAAGUCCUUCAUCUCAUUCUCCGGCACCUAUCGAUUCUCACUCUCAUAAACCAAGUCCUACACCAGCCUCACAGACAUUGGCACCUAUUGAUCCUCCAAAAGCAAGUUCUCCACCUCAUUCUCUUACACCAGUCAAUCCUCUCAAUUCAAGUCCUACACCAGAUUCAUUAACACAUUCCGAACCAAGUCCUACACCUCAUUCACAAGCACCUACAACCUCUCAUAAACCAAGUCCUACACCAGACUCACAAACACCGACUCCUAUUGAUCUGCUAAAACCAAGUUCUCCACCUUAUUCUCUUACACCAGUCAAUACUCCCGAUCCAAGUCCUACACCAGAUUCGUUAACACUUUCGAAACCAAGUCCGACACCUCAUUCACCAGCACCUACCAACUCUCAUAAACUAAGUCCUACACCAGACUCACAGACACCUACUCCUAUCGAUCCUCCAACACCAAGUUUUCUAUCUCAUUCUCUUACACCAGUCAAUCCUCCCGAUUCAAGUCCUACACCAGAUUCAUUAACGCCUUCCAAACCAAGCCCUACACCCCAUUCACCAGCACCUACCAACUCUCAUAAACCAAGUCUUACACCAGUCUCACAGACACCUACUCAUAUCGAUCCUCCAAAACCAAGUUCUCCACCUCAUUCUCUUACACCAGUCAAUCCUCCCGAUUCAAGUCCUACACCAGAUUCAUUAACGCCUUCCAAACCAAGUCUAACACCUCAUUCACCAGCACCUACUAACUCUCAUAAGCUAAGUCCUGCACCAGACUCACAGACACCGGCACCUAUCGAUCCUUCAAAACCAAGUUCUCCACCUCAUUCCCUUACACCAGUUAAUUCUCCCGAUUCAAGUCCUACACCCGAUUCAUUAACGCCUUCCAAACCAAAUCCUACACCUCAUUCAGCAUCACCUACCAACUCUCCUAAAACAAGUCCUACACCUGAUUCACUAACACCGACACUAACACCUGUCAAUCCUCCGAAAUCAAAUUCUACACCUAUUAAUCCUCCGGAUACAGGUCCUAUAUCAAAUCCAUUUACACCAGUAAAGCCUCCAAAACCAAGCCCUACUCCUCCACUAGCCCCUGUCAACCCUCCAAAGCCAACUCCUCCUCAUUCAACAACUCCAGUUAAAGCUCCUACACCAAAUCCCAUUUCGGAUUCGCCGAAAGCUCAGAUACCGCCUACACCAAUUCCUACACCUGAUUCACCAACACCAACUCCUGUUAAACCUCCAAAGUCAACUCCUCCACCUAUUUCACUUACACAAACACCAAGUGCUUUGCCAGAUACACCAACACCAAGUCCUUUACCUCAUAAGCCUACACCCACACAUCCUCCAACUUCCUUCUUGCCGGAUUCUUCCACACCUACCCCCGCACCACAUAUACCAAGUCCGGAUGUUCCAUUUGUUUCACCUCCUAGUCCAGAUGCUCCAAUCCAACCAAGCCCUCAAACUCCUCCACCCUGCCCUUGUGCUAAUCACAGUCCACCUCCACCACCAUGUCCUUAUUAUGAUGAUUCCUUCUUACAUACGUCACUUUCAAGUCUUUCUUCUGAUUCAUUAGUUAAUUUUCAAGACUAAAUCCAGUAGACGACUUUCUAUUCAUCCUUUUGAGUUGUUUGCAU